AUGGGUUUGUUAGCUACACUUUUGGAGCCCCUAGGGCCCUACUACGCCGAGCUUCAGAAGCUGGGAACCCCCGUUAUCGUGGUCGUGGGUGUCUUGACGUUUAUUGUCCUGAGUGUCGUUAUCAAUGUUUUGAACCAGCUCUUAUUCAAAGACCCGACGAAGCCUCCCGUGGUAUUCCAUUACUUUCCGUUCUUUGGAAGCACUGUCCGGUAUGGAAUGGACCCGUAUGCGUUCUUCAACUCUUGCCAGGAACAAUAUGGCGAUGUUUUUACCUAUGUUAUGCUCGGGAGGAAGAUGACUGCUUGUUUGGGGCCCAAGGGAAACGACUUUGUGUUUAAUGGAAAACUUUCGGAAGUUAGCGCUGAAGAGGCCUACACCCAUCUCACCACCCCCGUCUUUGGUGAUGGCGUCGUCUACGAUGUUCCUAACAACAUUCUCAUGGAGCAGAAGAGGUUUAUGAAAUUCGGUCUUACUGCGGAAACCUUCAAAUCAUACGUCCCCUUGAUUGUGGAGCAAGUCGAAGACUACACCAAGAAAUCCAAAUUCUUCAAAGGUCCUAAGGGAACUGUUUCUCUCUCUGCGAUUAUCCCGGAACUUACUAUCUUCACCGCUGCUCGUUCCCUCCAGGGUAAAGAGGUUCGCGAUGCUCUGGAUGGCUCCUUCGCCAAGCUGUUCCAUGAUCUCGAUAUGGGCUUCACACCAAUGAACUUCCUCUUUCCUUGGUUCCCGUUCCCAUCCAACAAACGUCGUGACAAUGCCCAGCGCACUAUGGCCAAAUUUUACAUGAGCAUCAUCGAGAAGCGUCGCAAGGAAGAGGCUAGUGGUGUCGACCACUCCGAUAUGAUCUGGAACUUGAUGGGGCGCAGUUACAAGGACGGAACACCUGUUACUGACCGCAAUGUCGCACACAUGAUGAUCGCCCUUCUUAUGGCUGGACAGCACACUUCUAUGGCUACCAUCACUUGGAUGCUUCUCCACGUCGCCGAUCAGCCUAAGCUCGUCAAGGAUCUUUAUGAUGAACAAGUCCGCGUUUUUGGAAAUGGAAAGGGCGGCAUUGAGCCUCUCUCAUAUGAGAAGCUAUCUGAGUGCACUAUUCUUAACCAUACUAUCCGCGAGACUCUUCGCACCCACCCCCCACUUCACUCCAUCAUGCGCAAAGUUAAGGCCCCCAUGCACGUUGACGGUACCAACUACGUUAUUCCCAAGGGCCACUACAUUCUUGGCGCUCCUGGUGUCUCUGCCAUGGAUGAGAAGUACUUCAAGAACCCCCAUGUGUUCGACGUUUCUCGAUGGGAAGGCCAGAAGACCGAGGAAGAAGGUGAAAAGAUGGACUUCGGUUUCGGAAUGGUUUCAAAGGGAACUGCAUCUCCAUACCUCCCAUUCGGUGCCGGAAGACACAGGUGUAUCGGCGAGCAAUUUGCCAACGUCCAACUUUCCUCCAUCAUGGCUACCUUUAUCAGGAAUUUUGAAUUGGGCUACCCCGAAGGAUGUGGUGUGCCCAAGCCGGACUACUCCUCCAUGAUUGCACUACCUACACCGCCGUGUACCAUUUCAUGGGUCAAGAGGGAUCCUUAA